AAGCAAAGCAAAAAAUAUAUAUGCAAGUAACAUAUUUAAAGAAUUUCUUUAAAAAAUUGAAAACAAACAAAAGGAAUUUUAAAACAUAAUAAAAAGGGCAUUCUAGAAGCAAUUCUCCCGUGAGAAACCUUGAAACCUCCAACUUGGAGAGUCCAGCAGGCAAAACGGGGAGGCGGCGGCCGCAGCCCCCAGACCCGAGCGGAUCCUCCGGCCCAUCGCAUACCACCCUGAGCGGCUACUCGACGCCGCCUAGAGUCGAAGACCAAGGUCGAAAGAGGUGCCCUCAGCUCCUCCCGCUUUGCCCUGAACAAGACGGAGGCUCUGCGUCGCUCCGGGGUUCAAACUCCCAGCGGCGCAUUUGCCCCCUUCGCGUUUUCGCCUGGAGAACCGGGACUUCCGCUCGGGAUCCUGGAAGCGGCGCGGGGCCCAAGGAAGGCGCUAUAAACCGGCUGCAGCACAGCCGGGGCGGUUCCCCGGAAGAGAACCGGGCGGCGCUUUGCUGUCUCUCCCUUCCACACACCCUCCCUUUCCCCCCCCCCAAUUGAGGCUGAGAAAGAAGCGCUUUUUUUUCUACCGGGCCGCUGUAGAGGGAGAAGCUGGACCAAGAUGGCCGCCCUGGCGUUGGGCCGGACCCGGGAGUGAGAGUAGGAGCAGCGGCAGCUGCGACUCCAGUCGCCGGCCUUGAAUUUGCUGCCAAAUCAAUGAAAGGCAGAAAGCCCCGUUAUGAUGGAUCUCUGGUUCAGCUGACCAGAAGAUUCAUGGAUCUUGUCAAAGCUGCUCCACAUGGAGUCCUUGAUUUGAAUGAAGUAUCUCGUUUGCUAGGAGUACGGAAACGAAGAGUAUAUGAUAUUACCAAUGUAUUGGAUGGAAUACAUCUCGUUCAGAAAAGAUCCAAGAAUCAUAUCCAAUGGGUGGGUUCAGAUAUUAAGCAUAUUACUAAACGAACACCAGAGCAACAGAAGUUAAGAGAUGAACUCCGUGAUUUGACAACAGUGGAAGCAGCAAUGGAUGAAUUAAUCAAAGACUGUGCUCAUCAGUUGUUUGACUUAACAGACGAUAAAGAAAAUGCAAAAUUAGCUUACGUGAACUAUCAAGAUAUCCAUAACAUUCAGACAUUUCAAGAACAGAUUAUUAUUGCAAUUAAGGCUCCAGAAGGAACCAGAAUGGAAAUACCCCCUCCUAAAGAAGACUGCAUAGAAGUACACGUUAGAAGCACAAAAGGCCCCAUUGACGUUUACAUAUGUGAGGUGUCGUUGGAUAAUCCAGACAUUAAAGCUGAAAAGACAGAUCAACUUUCAUGCGAAAGACAAUAGGCUGAUUUGCCGGAGUGGGUCACACGAAGAAUGGAAGAAAAAUGAAUGAUUUGAUUUCUAAGCUUCAGAUUCAAGGAUUUUCCAGGAUUUAAAUCAUUAUGGGCGAAUGCAGGUGUUCCUUUUAAUUUUGUUUUUUAAAAAGAAUGAAAUCGUGGACACUUCACCCGAGAACCUGCUUCCUGUUUCAGACCUUUCCAAUGGCAUAAAAGAGAAGAAUUAAAUGAACAUCUUUCCUUUAACCCCCUAUAUCAGAUUCAAGAUUUAUUUACCCUGGAAAAGUGACAGUUAACGUUAACACACAAAUGCAGACACACAUACUAAGGAAUACAGUUUAAGUAAGUCAGGCUUAAGUUUUACAAAAGUGGCUUAGGUUUGUCUUCUGAUACAAGGUUCAUAAGUCCACAUAGUAGCCGCCAUAAUUUAUUUCAUGUAAGUGGCUUUUUUUGCAGCUCAAUGAAUAAUAGCAUUUGGAUUACUUUUAUUGCUCUUUCAAAAGAUAUCUGUUUGGAAUUGAAGAAAUGUAUUUACAGUUGCUGCACAAUAGUUGCUCCAAAGUUGUUUUGAACAUGGAAUAAAAUGUAAAAAUCCAAAAGGGGAAAUGUUUUGUACAAGAAAACUAGACUACAUGAAAUAAGGUUUUAAAAAACAAGUCCGUAGAAAUUGAAAUUGCAUGGACCCAGCUUGCAUACAUCAUGUUUAAAUGGUCAUUAAAAGAGAAUUAGAGAGAACUGCACUCCUGAAUUUGUACAGCAAAUAAUAAAUGUGUAAAUAUGAUAAGAA